AUGCCCGCCCCGGUACCACACCGGAACGAUCUCUCCUCUGUUCUAAACCAAAUCGUCUUAUCCUCCUCGGACACCGACUAUCUUGACCAACUCAUCCCUUCAAUCCGCGAAUACAGCCAUGGCAACCGAACAACGCAGCUUCUACACUCCCUUACAAAAUUCGCAGAUGAUCGCGAGGCCAAGAUUGAAAGCAUAUGCAACUCGACACACCAAGACUUCGUCUCCUCAGUUAACCAGCUACUUCAAGUCCGUGAGGGGACCGUCAACUUAACCCAAGAGAUCCUCGGUCUCAAUCAGUCCAUUCUCGCAAGCACAAAACGAUUAGCAGAACAGAAAAAAGCGCUGGUCGAGUCGCGCAGCCACCGCCAGAAUAUAGAUGAAACUUCAAAGGCAUUGCAGGACUGUUUGGAAGUUCUGCGUCUUGCAAACCAGGUUCAUGAACUGCUUGCUAAGAAGAAUCACUAUGCCGCGUUGAGGGCUCUCGAUGAGCUUCAGAAUGUUCAUCUCAGAGGUGUCACACAAUAUAAGAUCGCAGAAGUCAUACAGCGGUCUGUACCAAUGACACAGAAGGCGAUUGCAGAUGCUGUCAUGGACGAUUUGAAUACAUGGCUGUAUCGUAUUCGAGAAAUGUCACAGUACUUAGGGGAACUAUCACUGUUUCAUACGGACAAGCGAAAGGAGAGGCUAGCAGAGCGGAGUGCGAAGGUUCCUUACCUAUCGCAGUUCAAACUCAAUUCAGCUAUAGAAUUGGUAGCAGAUGAGAUGGAGGAAUUCGAUUUACUCUAUAAUGAUGACCUUCAGGUUGACUUUUCACCACUGCUCGAGUGCAUGCAUAUACACCAAUCCCUGGGCCAGAUGGACAAGUUCCAGGUUGAGUAUGCGACGACAAGACGACAACAGAAAGAUUUACUAUUGCCUACCUCAAUCACUCUAUUGAAAGAAGAUGGUUCAAGUCUCCAUACAUUGCUUGAAGAAAUUGCUGGAUUUGCCUUGGUCGAGCGUGCCACAAUGAAACGGGUUCCCGAAUUGAGAUCUCCGGUCGAUGUCGAAGAGCUAUGGGAUUCAAUGUCUCAGACUGCCGUUGGAUUGAUCUCAAAGGCGCUACCGACCGUUGACAACUCGGAAGAUAUCCUUAAGAUCAAGAAUCUCAUUACUCUGUUUAUGCAGACAAUGAAUUCAUUUUCGGUCGGCCCAUUCGAGAGAUUCCUCUUAACAUUGUUCGAAAAGUAUACCGAGCUGUUAAAGAAAAGAUUUAGCGAUGAUUUCCAGGAGAUUGUUCAAACGGAUGACUACAUGCCUAUGCCCAUCCGGAGCGACGAGGAAUACGACAAAGUCUUGAAUGUUAGCUGGUAUACUCCUGAGAAACCACGAGAAGAACAAACGUAUCCUUGUGUUCUACCGUUUUCACAGAUGUAUCCUUUAUGCUGCAUCGAUAUUAGGAAUCUCUUGAACCAGUUUUACUACUUCUCUAGUGACAAUUUUGAUCAUCCAGCCAUUAUAGACGAAACCGUCCGAAGCUCACUAGAUGAGCUCCUCUGCAACAUAGUAUGCGAAAUGCUCACGGAGCGUCUGGGAUCUCAAUACCUUGGCCAAAUAGUCCAGAUUCUCAUUAACCUGGAACAUUUCGAAAUCGCCUGUCAGGAGCUCGAGGUACUCCUAGCAGCAGCCCGGUCACCUAACUCUGGCGAAGGCCCUAUCACUCUUAAUGCGACAGAAAAAUUCCGAAUGAACAAGAAAGCAGCCGAAAAGCGUAUCUUUGAAGUUGUCAACUCAAAAAUUGACGACCUCAUUGAAACAGCAGAAUAUGACUGGAAUGCGCCGAAGUUGCAGAUGGAACCAAGUAACUAUAUGCAGACGUUGACGAGAUUUUUGUCAAAUAUUAUGAACUCUACGCUUCUGGGCUUGCCAACAGAGAUCAAGGAGCUGAUCUAUUUUGAUGCCCUCAGUCACGUCGCCAAUAUGGUUAUAGCCCUCCCGCUAGACCCUGAAGUCAAAGUAAUCAAUCCCAACGGAGUAGCGGCAUUGGCGAGAGAUGCGGACUACCUAUCUAAAUUCGUCGACAGCCUGGAAGUCCCCAUCCUGCGUGAAAAUCUUGACGAACUGCAACAAACUGUUCAGUUGAUGAUGGCCGAGAACACCGAUGAAUAUUAUGAUAUCGCGGUGAGAAAUAAGAAGUAUGGACGUGUUGACCCGAUGAAUGGACCAGUCUUACUUGAAAAAGCGGUACAAAGCCCAACCAAACCAGAUAGUAAAUUCAGCCUGUCAAAUCGAUUUGGGAAGAAGUACUGA